AACCCACUUUAUGUUUCUGCUAGUCUCCUCUCUUUUUGCAGUUGAUGAAAUACGGAAACACAAAAAAGAAAAGGAAGAAUCAUCAAAAAAUGGCGUUUAUAAGAUUAGUACUUGGGCUUCUCUUUGUUGUGAAUGCCCCUAGAGACUACUCUUAUGCACAUGCUCACCAAGAAGAGUGGGAGAUGGAUAAAGAUAAGCUUGUGGUGCGUGAAGAUAUUAUGUCUUCUCAAAAGGAACUUGUUGAUGCUUUCACCACUACCAGCACAAGGAAGCUUGGAUUUGGAGGAAGGAAAAUGGUAGCUCAUGAAGGGCUGAUGAGGAGAAAAUUUGAGAAAGAGCAAAGUACUAUUCAAGAAGGGGCUUCAGAGGAUAUCUCAGGAGAACAGAAUCAUGCUUCAGUCAAGCCUCUUCAAGAAUCACAAGACCAAUAUUUGAAUUUGAAUGAUCAUAAGAAGAACAUGAGCAAUUUGAAGCGAAAGACACAAAAGUCAGACAGCUGGGGAAGUCCAAGGAGUGAACCAGUCCAUCUCCCAAACACCAACGCUAAGCACUUUUAUCAAGAUUCCAAGAAACUGCCAACCAACGCCAGCUUGGAAAAUCUUUCAAGAUCUGACAAGCUACUCUCUCAUCAACCUCAAGCAACAGUUCCAAAAAGUGAAACGCAAAGGCUUCUUGAGGCAACUAAAGAGAUAGUAAACUUGAUGGCCAGAGAUUAUAAGGGAAUGGCUCGCCGCAAGCCCCCAAUCAACAAUCAUGUGCCUAUUCAUUGAGAAUUAAUUAGUAGUGUUACUUAAACCCUAGCUAGAUGGGCUUCUGACUCACAAUUUUGCCCCCCUAAAUAGAAAGUGAAGUCCCUGAACCCAUAUCUAGGAGAUACAACUACUUUGGUAUUGGUUUUGACAAUGGCAUGCAUAGGAAAAGGAAACUUUUUUUCCCUUCUAACCUCACACUUAGAUGCAGAAACAUAUACCUUUUGUAAUGUUUAAUUUCUCAUGUAUGAUCCUGGCAAGACUGUU